CCGGAGAUCGACGGCGAUGGCCGCCACCGCCUCUUCCGCCGCAGCCAAACCCCUCCCUUCCUUGAACGUCUCGGCGGAUUCUCCUCCUCCGAAACUCGCCCUCACCCCCGAUCAGUACAAGUACUGCUCUCAGGCUCUCAAGCUCUUUAAGGAAAAGCUCCAGAUGCGUGACCACAUCAACCAGGAGUUCGCUCAGCUACAGGCCAAGAGGAUGACAUCUUCUGAGAUGAAGAGAAAUUGCACUGUGGCUCUUGACAAUGUCAAUUCGAGCAAAAACCGAUACACCGAUGUCGUGCCAUUUGACAAAAAUAGGGUUGUUCUCAACUCCUCGAAGGAUUACAGGCCUUCCGCAAGAGGUUACAUCAACGCCAGCUUAAUCACGACUAGUUCUUCCGAAAGCAUUUCUCAGUUUAUAGCAACACAAGGUCCACUUCCCCACACAUAUGAGGAUUUCUGGGAGAUGGUACUUGAGCAACGCUGCCCGGUGGUCAUCAUGCUUACUCGUUUAAUCGACUGUUACACGAUGGUUAAAUGUGGAGAUUAUUAUCAGGCUGAAGAUGGCCCUAGAGAGUUCGGUAACAUAUGUAUAAGCACUAAGUGGCUAAGAACUACUGACACUUCAUUAGUAUUACGCCUUUUGGAGGUCAAUAAUAAAGAGUCCGAGGAACCACCCAUGUCUGUUUUGCACAUUCAGUAUCCUGAAUGGCCUGACCAUGGAGUUCCAAACAACACGAUUGCUGUCCGUGAAAUCUUGAAAAGAUUAUAUAACGUGCCACCGAACCUUGGCCCAAUUGUGGUGCAUUGCAGUGCAGGUAUUGGGAGAACUGGAACAUACUGCACAAUUCAUAAUACUGUGCAAAGAAUUCUUGCUGGGGACAUGUCUGCCUUAGAUCUUGUUGAUACAAUAACCACAUUUCGGUCUCAGCGAAUUGGAAUGGUCCAGACACUGGAGCAAUAUUUUUUCUGUUAUUCUGCCAUCGUUGAUGAAUUGGAAGACCUCAUCUCGGAUUUGAAUAGUGAAACGAGCUCAAAAUAGCAGCUUGAUGAUAACAGGAAUGUUCAGUGAAGAUGGAAGUAGUCCGCUUGCGGUGUUUGUCCACUUUACAGCGAUCUGAUGCAUCGUUAUUCUCGUGGAACAAAUAGCGUGCUGCUAAGAGCUAAUCAACUUUUCCCGAAUCAUCUGUUCCACUCUUUUUUAACGCAAAAGACAAAGACAGUAGGGAUCUGAAUGAUCUUUCUGCCUCAUUUUUUCCCCGACUCUAUAAUUAGGCGUUUCAAAGGUCCUGUUUGUCGUAUGAUUUGACAAGUAUGACCCGCUGCAUGUCUAAAUUGUAUAACUCUGAUAGUCGAAAGGUUGUAUAAACUGCUAGUUGGCAUUCCCGCUCGGCAUUUGCUUUUCCUUUUCA